AUGAACACCAACGACACGAGCACUCCCCAGCACACCGCGCCGCCUCCCAGACAGCCCAAACCACCACCAGCCGGUCCAGCUCCUCCGGCACCUGCCACUGCACCCCCCGCGCCGCCAAAUCAGACAAAUAAUGUCAAUGGCCACCACCCUCCACCCGCGCAGACUUCCAAGGGGAAGAAGCGGAACGACGUUCCUAUCGACCCUGCCACUAUGUACGAGUCUCUGAAAAAUCGAAUAGCUGCGCUGGAGGAGGAGGAGGUUCUGGAGGAAGAGGAGGAGAGGAGAUUUGCUGAGGAGGCACAGAAAUCAGUGAAAGGAUUAGAAGAGAAUGCCAUUCAUAGCAAAUACAUCGAAUUGUUCGCCGAGCUCAAGCGCAUGGAACGAGAUCAUUCUAAGGAGAAACAGAAGUUGGUCAAGGACAAGGAUGCGGCUAAAGGGCAGUUAACCAAAGCCAAUCAGACGAAAACUAAAAUGGAGAACCUCGCUCGUGAACUCCAGAAAGACAACAAACGUCUACGAGAGGACGGGAAACGCCUAGCACAAAGCGUAGAAGAAGCCCAAGAAGAGUUAGCCCGCAUGAAAAGCGACUUCGCCAAGCGUGCAGACAAAGCGAAGCAACAGGACGUAAAGUACCGCGAAAUGCCCGACAUCGUUGUGAAAGUGGUUUGCCGAUACCGUGCCGAGUUGUUCUUCAAGAUAUCCCGCAAGACCAAACUUUCCCGUCUGAUCAACUCGUGGACUGAACGGAUGGAACGGAGUGGAGGCGGGGAGGACCUUGGGUCAAUGAACGGGUCGGCGAAGACGGACGCGGCAAGCACUCAUUAUUCUGGCUCUACGGGGUCGAGCUCGGGCAUGCAGUUUAUCUUCACAUAUAAUGGGCGUAUGUUGGAAGCUGAACAGACUCCCGAGGAGAUUGGGAUUGAUGAAGGGGAUGAAAUUGUAGCUGUGGAGAUGAUGGAUUUGACAGAGGGAGGGGGUGGUUCAGAGGAAUGGGAGGAACACGUGGAACCCCGUCGCGAGAAACUGAAGAAGAAUUGGACGGAUAACCCUCAGGAAGCGAGGCGGACUAUCGAAGAGAUUUUCGAUGGAGUCGUCCGCGAGCGUCUGAAAGAAGUACUACGUCAGUACGAGCUUCGGGAACGCCAUUUCGAGUGUGUCAUUCGCUCGAAGGAGCUGGAAGUUCUGCUCUCUCGGGCUCGAGCUGCCGAGCAAAAGCAGUUAGCAGAGGGGGAGAAAGCUAGAUCAAGUAAACAAGAGGAAGAGAACCAACAAUUGAGGAAAGAUCUGGAGGACGCUCAGAACGGACAGACGAUGCUCAUUGACAAAUUAAUCACCUGCUGUAAAGAGAUCAUCCAGAAACCGAAUGCGGAGCGCACCCAGCGCUUAUUUGCUUCUCUUCGGGAAGAAUUGGAAAGGAAAAACCCUCGGGGUGCCAAGAAACCUGUUGAUGGUUCCGUGGGUGGGUGA